AAAUAUUGAUAAGAAUAUAAGUACUCAUUGUGUAAAAAAAACAUAACAACAGUGUUAAGCUAUUUAAUUUUAAUUUUAACUAUUAUACAUACAUAAAAAAAAUUUUAUUGAGUUAAAAUUUACAAUGUUAUACAUUUCAAAAAAACCAUACCAACAGAGUUAAGCUAUUUAAUUUUAAUUCUAACUAUUAUACAUACAUAUUUUCAAACAUUUUUAUUUUUAAACAUACAUCAAAAAAUUUAUAUUUUUAUUGAGUUAAAAUUUACAAUAUUAUACAUUUCAAAAUUGUUUACAGAAAAAUUGUGCCUUCUAUCACUCAAUAUGUCUUUUAAUUUGGAAAAUGUUCGUUCUACUUCAACAUUUCAUUUAUUUUUACCACGAAACACUAAUAAAUUGAUGUUAUUCUAAGAAUAUAUUAUCAGCUUGAGUUCAAUUUUUCCUUUUGUAGAGUUGAAAACUGAAAUAUUAUCUAGUUUAAUUGUAAAAAUGCAGAAUAUGCAAUUUCAUGCAAUGAAAAUCAAAAUCGUGCAAUUUAGAAUAAAAAGUGCAAAACGUGCAAUUUCGUGCAAAAUAAAACUACGUUUAAAUUAAUAUACUUCUCAUGAUUCGGAUUUAUAAUUUGUUUUUAUAUGUUUUAAAGCAAAGGAAAAAAAGUUGCAAUUGCACGAGAAUCCGGUCUUUAAUUAUCACUAUUAUUAUUAUACAUAUUAUAUUCAAAUUCUGAUUUUUGGAAUCUAAGAAAUACUCUUGAAGAUUUUUGAAUACUUGAGAUUUUUUGUACCAUUUAAGGAUUAUCUUUAUUAGGAUUUUUAUUUAGAUAUAUCAACAUUUUCAAGACAAUUUGCAGAAAAAAAAGAGUUAUCAUUUGAAAAAUAGAAGUUUUAUAGCCACAUUCAAAUGUGUUUUCUCCCUUGGAAAAUAUUUUAGUGUCAUUAAUAAAACUAAUGAUUGAAGAUAUUUUAAUUAUGUUAUUUGAUGUCAUAUUGAUGGCAGUAAUAUGGCAAAUAUAGCACAAUUUGUAUUCUUCAAUAACUAACAAAAUUAUAGUCCGUUUAACGCAGAAUUUGAUUAAAAACAAGUAAAAACUUGUAGUAAAUACGUUUUGGAUAGUAAGAAUGCUAAAAAAUUGACCUGAAUACAAAAGAAACUAAUUAAGAAGAAUUGUUAUUGUACGUUCAGGUAUUUUAAACGGGGUGAACCGUGAUAGCGGUUUGUUUUGAACCGUCGUUCUUAUCAAUCAUUGACGUGACGUCACUACUAUUUGUGCCUAUUUAGCCAUGGUACCACAGAACAAUAAGAGUAGUACCAGCAUUGUUCUAUUGUACCAGUAGUACGUCAUUAAAACAUUACAGAAUGAAUGAAAGUUACAGCUGAUGCUUGAACUCGUUAGCAAAUUUACAGAUUAUUCUUUAAGCAACCCGCGUAAACAUUUAACCCAGCUAUAAAUUGUCUGACUCUUGUGGGCCGGAGAAUAGGUUAACUUGUUGUUUGUUUUUUUGUAGUUGAUUGUUCAGUUUGUUGAUUAUUUUCUCUUUUUAGUUAUUGUUAUAUUAUUCUUAUCUUUGGUUGCUGUUAAUAUUUUAUAGUAAGUUGUAAAAUAAAAGUAGUUAACAAUUUCUUAUAUUAUUCUUGAAAAUUAUUAUUAUACCAUUGUUCACUACACGAUCACCUGCUACCAAAAACCUGAGAAACAAGACGGACCACUCACACGGUGUUAAUAUAAAAGUUAUUUGUUUGUGCUAUAGUCUAGAUCAACAAUGGAAUCAAUCCAUUUGGGUAGGAAUGCAGCAUCAAAUGUGGUACAUUGCCCGUUCAACAUAGCCCACACAAUGCCUCAAAAAACUUUAAUAUUGCAUUUGACGAAAUGCCCUGACAGGAAGCCGAACCAAAGCAUAUGUCCAUUUAAUUACUUACAUGUGGUGGAGACUUUCCAUUUGGCUGUUCAUGAAACACAAUGUCCAGACCGCUUGGAUUUCGAUCAAAUGGUUUACCAAACCACAGAAACUAUGCAUCAUGUGACACUUAAAGGGCCUGAAAUAAUUGAUGAUCUGGAUGAAACAUGGGAUGAUGCAAGUACCAACCAACAACGUUCAAACAAAACCAUUCCCGUUCAAAAUGUAAUCAAAACUAUUAAUCAAAAGCCAUGUUUCAUGAAACCACCAGCAGGCUGCACGAAAUCAGAACGAAAAAAAUAUCGUUCUGAAGCACAAAAGGCAUAUAGAGAUGUUGACCUGUCAUACAAACCCAAUUCAAGUAUAAAUAAUAGGAUUGAUGGUUCUAUGGCACAAAGUGGUAGUAAGAAUGUUAAUAAAGGUAAUCAGCAAGGUAAAAACGAUGGAUUAUUUUUUGGAAAGAGACCAUAAAAUAAGAACACAUAAAACGUUUUUUUGAUAUAUUUAACAUUAACAAUUUUAAAAGCAUUUCUUAUGCUAUUAAAAAUUUUAAUGUAUUAAGCUUUUUUAAUUAUUAACUUUUAAACAGUUUUAAAAUUAUUUACAUAAUUAAACUUUGAUUAUAUUUUAAGCUUAGUAUUAAAUUUCAUCUAAUUAAAUGUUUAAUGAAUUAGACAAUCAUCAUUUUAUUUUUUUGAAUGUAUUUUUGUAUUGAUUUAUAUUCACUAUUAUUACAAUAUUAUAGAACCUUUUAAAUGUUAAGUUGAUUCUUAUUCUGUAGAUGAUAAUGCUAUAUUGAUGUACCUCUAUUUUUUUUUUAUUUCAAACUAUUAUUGACCUUAAAUUCAAUCUUGUUGUAAGGUAUGUUUCAAGAAUAAAGUGUACAAUUUGUAUUAUCUCACAAAAAAAACUAUUGUGAAUUUACUUUCAAUUUAUUUAUUGAAUUACACUAAUAAAUUUAUGAAAAAUC